GAACAAUACUAGACAGAUGGAAGUAUGAAUCGACCUUGAGCUCUCAUUUCUAGAAGUAAUCAAUAACUAAGGCUCUCAGUUUCAGUAUAUAAUAUACUGAGCAAUAAAAUACCAGAGUAAAUGAUAUUCAUCAAUUACCAUUUAGUGACAGUAAUGUUAUACUGAUCUAAAGUUCUUGCUCUGACUAGUCAAUUUUAACAUGCCCUCCUUAUACAAUGAGCCACAUAGACGGUUAAUAUGUUAUUACGCAGGAUUUACAUGCAUUAACUCUGAACUUGGCGUAAAAACAAUGAACAAAGCAAUUGAAAUUGUCUUGAAGAACACAAAUCCACACCAAUGGUUAACUGUAAAUGCCUCAAUCUCUCCAUCUGCAGUCAACCUGUUUUACCGGAAACGUAUUGCUGUAAAUCUUCGAAUCUGUUCCAUCCCAUUCUUCGGAAUAUAUAACAAAGAUAAAAAAAUUUGUGGCAUUGUGCAACAUACAGCUGACGACUUGUUCAUAUGUCAUGUCAUAGCCUGUCAAACAAAUGCCAUCGAAUUAUGCAAAACUCUCAGAGCAGCUUGUGAAUUACGUUAUCAACAGUGUAUAGACUCAAAAAUCUACAACAAAUCCAAACCAAGUAGCGAUUUACUGGACGAUAUGAGAGUCAAUGUCAACAACCAACCAGAUAGGCAAACAGAGAAGAAGCAGAUAAUCCUGGUAAAUAUUAUCAAUCAGUUCGAAAAAAUGAAAUAUGAAGUAUGCAAAAGAAUUCGACAACAUUCAAAUUGGAUUAAAUCUUGUUUAUGGUAUUCAAACGAUGAACCCCUACUGGGAACAAUCAAAACGCACAACAAUGAUGGAAAAACUACUGAUAUUUGUUAUCUAUUUUAACUAUUUCUCCCCUUAAGCUGCAAACGAAAAAAUGAUUUACUUCAUAACUCACCGUUAUUUUUGUUAAUACACGAAAAUAAAUUAAAUUUUGUUAUCUAUUUCAUAAUCAUAAUUAAAAUGUACGAGAACGAGAAAAUAUAACCACAUCAAUGGUAUAUUUUAUACGAGGAAGUAAAAUGAAUAUUAAACUGUCCAGCAUGCAC